AUGUCGUCGCACUCCCGUGAGUUCAUGGACCUUGUCCGAGCGAUCGGAGACUGCAAGUCCAAGCAAGAAGAGGACAACAUCAUCCUCAAAGAGGUGGUGACUCUCAGGCAGCGGUUGACAGAGCGCGAUUCACAGCAGAAGAUGAGGGAGAUGUGCAUGAGAAUGAUGUACUGCGAGAUGCUUGGCCACCGCGUAGAGUUCGGGUACAUCCAUGCUGUGAACAUGACGCAGCGGACAUCUCUCUCGGAGAAGAGAACCGGCUACCUCUCGGCGUCUCUCUUCUUGGAUUCUGAUAGCGAGCUGCUCAUCCUCCUGGUCAACACGAUUCAAAGGGACCUCAAGAGUCAAAACCCUUGGGAAAUCUGCGCAGCUCUGAGCGCCGUCACUCGACUGAUCGGGAUCGACACGAUCCCAGCUGUGCUCAAGCUCGUCAAGGACUGCAUGUCCCACAAGGAGGCUCAUGUGCGCAAGAAAGCGAUCAUGGCCUUGCACAGAUUCUUGGAGAUAUCUCCUUCAGCCGUCGAGGACUGCAUCGACGUCUUCAAGAGGUCUCUCAGUGAUAGAGAUCCGUCCGUGAUGGGCGCUGGUCUUUGCGGCCUGUUGGACCUGGCGAAGAAAAAUCCGGCGGGAUAUACCUCGAUCGUACCAUCGCUGGUUGUCAUAUUGAAGCAGAUUGUAGAGCACAGGCUUCCGAGGGACUAUGAUUAUCAUCGCAUGCCUGCUCCUUGGCUGCAAACGAAGAUUCUCAAGCUGCUAGCAGUUCUUGGUCAUGCAAACCAGAAGGUCUCGGAAGAGAUGUACGAAGUGCUAAGAGAAACGAUGGCGAGAGCCGAUCUCAAAACUACUAUAGGGUACGCUGUCAUCUUCGAGUGUAUCAAGACAAUCACCAAGAUUUAUCCGCAACCUCAGUUGCUCGCUCUUGCAGCAGAGAAUACUUCGCUCUUCAUCUCCAGCGAGAACAGGAAUCUUCGGUACAUCGGGGUGGAUGCCUUGUCAGCCAUAGUGCAAGUCAACAUGGACUAUGCCAAACAGCAUCAGAUGGUUGUGAUUGAGUGCCUGGAAGACAAUGAUAUCACUCUCAAGUACAAGACCUUGGAUCUGCUCUUCCGUAUGACCAACUCUGCAAACGUGGAGGUAGUGGUGUCAAGGAUGACCAACUUCCUCAAGGCAACAUCAGAUGACUUCUUGAUCAAAGAUCUUGUCUCGAAAAUCAUCGCCCUUGCUGAGAAGUAUGCACCCUCGAACGAGUGGUACAUUCAGACCAUGAACACUGUCUUCGAGCAAGGAGGAGAUCUCGUUCCAGCCGAGGUCGCUCACAACUUGAUGCGACUGGUUGCAGAGGGCCCGUCAGGCAGCGAGGAACAGGAUAACGAACUGAGAAGAUACGCGACGAAGAGUUAUUUCAAGCUCCUUCCCAAGCAGAACACGUCAGACAGGCUGAUUCAAGUUGGCUCCUGGUCGUUGGGUGAGUACGCGUACCUUCUUUCUCCGGAGAUCACAUUGAAUGCUGUUGUGGACAUGAUGUGCGAUCUGCUGCAAAGAAACUACUAUCAAGACAGGAACACCAAGAGCUACAUCGUGUCUGCCAUUACCAAACUCGUUUCUCAGAUGUCCGAGGGAUGCCCGGAGAGCACCCGAGCCUUGAUCGAGUCGUACACCCGAGCAAGAGAUCCUGGCUUGCAGCAGCGAAGUCUGGAGCUGAUGCAGCUGAUGAAGAGUCCUGAGUUCAUGCGACGAGUCCUUCCAGUCGAUGCAAGCUGUGAAGACAUCGAGGUUGAGGAAGGGCUUCCCUUCCUGGACUCGUUCGUUCAAGCUGCUGUCAUAUCGGGAGCCAGCAAGUACAUGAGCGAGGCUGAACGUCGAAGAGCGUUUGGUACGCAUGAGAAGACGGCCGUACAGCAGCACGCAGAGUCAAAGUUGAGGUUCGAUGCCUACGAGAAGCCUCAAGUUCCGUCUGCCCCCCGUCUGCCCUCUGCAACCACCGUGACACAGCCUGUCCAACAGAGCCCCGUCAUGCAGGCAGCUGAGACACCGCAAAGUGUUGACAUGAACGCCCUCUUUGCUGGUCUCAGCUCGCAAUCUUCAGUUCAGAGCUUGCAAGCUGCCCCUGCUGCUCCACCUUCUCAACCCCCGAGCUCCACCCCGAUGAUGAAUCUAGACCUCAGCUUGUCCGGCGAGGAAAAGCAGAGCGAACCAGCCUUGAAUCUCUUGGGGAGGAAGGAUGGAGGCAAGUGGGGAUCGGGAGGAUACUCUAAGGCCAAUCCUGCCAUGGCUCCCUCGUUUGCGCCCAGCAGCACCCCAGCAAACGACAUCGCGAACAGACUUCACUCGAUCUCAGCAUCCGCUACUCUGCCUCCAGCCGCUGCUGUAAGGAAGGAGCCAGCGGUAGACACUCACAAGCAGCAGCUCGCAGCGUCGAUCUUCGGUGGUCUGACUGAGGAUCCUGCGCCGCGGGGGGAGAAUCGAAGUGAGAACAUGCUGAGCGAUCUGCCCGACACGUCGAAGGAUGCAGAGAUCGCGCGCAGGCUGCAGCGGGAAGGAUCCGACUUCCUGAGGAUGUCAGAAAUCAUGAAAGAAGCCCCUCCGCAAGCCAAGAACGAGCUGCUAGACAUUUUCUCGUCGGGGUCGAAGCCGGAGGUUGUGAAUGCUGGGAAGCAGACUCAGGCGCUGGACAACAUCUUCUCAACCCCGAGUGUGUCAAAGGAAGUCGAUUUGCUCUCAAUGCCGGCACAGAGCAGCGACUUGCUAGGGCCCGAUCUGAUCUCCACUGCUCCCACGUCGCACGUGGACGCCACGAGCAUUUACGGCGAUGUCUCUCAGACUCUCAGCAGCAUCUACAGCAGCAACCAGCCGGCAAGCAUCUAUGCUGCAAGCCCACCUGUUGCUGACCUUCUCUCUGGUCCUCCUCCUUCCAAGCCGAGCAUGUUCGACGGCCUGAGCACGCAGCCAUCUGUUGCCCCAUCGCUACCUGCUGCCAAUCAAACCAGCUCCUCCUCCAUCUACAGCUCGAACUUGAUGGGCCCUCCCACUACCACUGCCCCCUCCUCCUCUGGUCUGUUCGGUCAGAUGACGCUGGCAGAAAGCAGCACAAGAGCUCCAGCGAAGGAGAUCAACAAGGCUCCGUCCAAUGCUCCUCAAUCAGGACCCUUCGACGAUAUUCUUGUAUCCAAAGCCUCGCAGCCGAAAGUGAAGACGACGAUGGGGUUGCCGAGUGACUCCUACCUCUCCUCGAUCCAUCGAAGCUCCUCUGGCCUGGAAGUGAAGGCAAUCUCCAAGUCAACGGGCGACAACCACGUCCUUCUGCUGACUCACUUCUGCAACCUCGGGGAUGAAGAUCUCAACGUCGACGUCGCCUACCUCAUCCCCAGCGGCCUCCACUGCUCAUAUGGAGGAGACCCGUAUCCUGCGAUCACAGGAGACGUGGCGACGCUGCCGAUGCUCAAGUACGGUGCCGCGGCAUCGCAUCUCAUAACCGUGAUGGAGACACCAAAGACGGCAGAUCCGAAGAAUUUGGAGAUUGGCUUUAAGUUGAAGAUAAGCAAGAAUGGUGUGCCCGAGGAAGAGAUUGUCCAGGUUCCAAUCAACUUGUUCUCCUACGCCUUGUUCCUCCAGCCCAAGGUCAUGUCCGAGCAAGAGUUCGGUGCCAGCUGGGCUCCACACAGGUUCUUGCUGGUGAAGAGCUGGGCUGGACUGACGUGA